AUGGGAGGGGUUAUAGUGCAGGAAGUUGCUGUUGUCGAGCUUCGGGUGCUUGCGGAUCUUGUCGGCCAGUCUUUGCAGUUGAGCGCGGUAGACCACCGCAGUAAUUGUCGUGUUGUCCAGCACCAGUUCGACCGUACAUUCCAUGAACUCCCUACCAGACGCUCAGCAUUACCUUCUUCUCAUGGAUUUCACCUUUCACGAAAGGAUUCAUUUUUCAUCUCCAGUGACAAUGGUGUCCAGCCAGUCAAAUCUGCGGCUUCUGGAGAGCAGCCGAGUGCAGAUGUCCAGGCGUCUUUGGCGGUUGCCGUCGCUCUGUGGAAGUCACUGACCGAGCUUUUUACCAUUCCGAGAGAUCGCAGUCCAUUGCUCACGGUGGUCAGCGAACAGCCAAGACUGGCAGCGAAAUACCGCACACCUUCAUGUGGAUGCUGCUCCGUCAGAUUCGUCGAACGAUAUUGCAGUCGGACCAGAGCGAGGCUCAUCUUCGAGUUUCUUGUUUCCAGCUUUGAAGCGCUGGAACCAGGCGCACAGAGACCGCUCAGAAAGGGCUUCAGUGUCGAAUACUUGACGUAA